CUAAAUAUCAACAGCGACGCCAUUGACUUCCUAAGUAGCGUAACUUUUAUUCAAACGUCUUAUAUCUGUCAUAGUAAUUGCCGUCUUCAUAACCGAGACAAUUCAUAGUCAAUCCUAAUAAUUGAUAAUUUAGCAAUAUAACUGAUAAUUAUUGUAAUAAUGUGGGCCUAAAAGGACCGUGAGAGUCAGGAAUGAAGUGUGCAUUUGGUGUCUUGGGCUUAGAGCACUCAAUCAAUGAAUCAGUCAUUACAUAAUUUGCAAAGCACCAAAUGAAGACUUGGUGAGUGAGAGGUCCUUAGAAAUUAAUGUUACUGUACAUAAUUGCCGAGAAGGAACUCUAUUUCUUGGUCUUGUUGGGAACUUGUGAGGACCGUUGUCCAUUUUAUUUUGCUAUAAAUUGUGAUGCUCCAAAGGUAGACUUGGUUAAAGGUCCUUGGAAAUUGAAGUUGCAAUAAAUAACUAUAAAAAAGGAAGUGCAUUUCUUGGUCUUGUUGGGAACGUAUUGUGACUGCUGUCCAUUUAAUUUUUCUAUUAUUCCAAACAGGGAAAUUUCUUCAGAUCCUAACUAGGAUUGAGUAGUGCACAUAGAACAUCCUGUGGAAAUGGAAGCUGAAGAAUCGUCGUCAUCAUUGGUGUUCAUCAAAGAAGAGAAGAAUUUGGAGGAGGGCCUUAUUGAAAACACAGGUGAAGGCUCUUCAUUUGCAGACCCCUUCUUAGAAGUCAAGGCAGAACCAGAAUUUUUUGACCAUGGUGAAUUUGAUGUGAACUGUUCAUCCCAAUCUGUUAAGUAUGAGGAGGGCAUCUCUCCAAGCUGUGAUGAUGAAAGCGGAAAGAUCUGUAUUGCAGAAGAAAAUAGAGAUUUGGGUAGAAGCAACACAGCAGGGAAGCGAAUAACUUGUGCUGAAUGCCAAAAGACAUUUUCAAGAAUUGGCAACCUGAAAUCCCACAUGAGAACUCAUACAGGAGAGAAACCAUAUACUUGCUCUGUAUGUCAAAGAAGUUUUACUCUAUUAUGUAAUUUAAAAACUCACAUGAGAACUCAUACAGGAGAGAAACCAUAUUCUUGCUCUACAUGUCAAGGAAGUUUUUCUUGUCAAAGAGAUCUCACAAUACACACAAGAACUCAUACUGGAGAGAAACCAUAUACUUGCUCUAUUUGUCAAAGAAGUUUUACUCAUCUAAGUCAUCUCAAAACACACAUGAGAACUCAUACUGGAGAGAAACCAUUUACUUGCUCUAUAUGUCAAAGAAGUUUUUCUGGAUCAAGUACUCUCAAAUGUCACAUGAGAACUCAUACGGGAGAGAAACCAUAUACUUGCUCUAUAUGUCAAAGAAGUUUUACUCUAUUAUUUAAUUUAAAAAUUCACAUGAAAACUCAUACAGGAGAGAAACCAUAUACAUGCUCUACAUGUCAAAGAAGUUUUUCUCAUCAAAGUGAUUUCACAAAGCACAUGAGAACUCAUACAGGAGAGAAACCAUAUACCUGCUCUGCAUGUCAAAGAAGUUUUUCUGAUCCAAGUGCUCUCAAACGUCACAUGAGAACUCAUACAGGAGAGAAACCAUAUACUUGCUCUGUAUGUCAAAAAAGUUUUUCUGUUUCAAGUAAUCUCACAAAACACAUGAAAACUCAAUGCAUGAGAGAAAGCAUUCACUUGCCAAACAAUCUGAAAAGACACAAGAAUUCACACUAGACAGCAACUGUAUAUUACUUUAUCUCUGUCCAAGUAAUUUUUAUUAAAUGCUUUUAUAUAACUGCUGUAAUUUGAGUAUUGUUAAGAGAGAACUUAAAUAAUAUUUGUAAGUGAAAUAUUUUUCUUGAUGUAAGUGUGGACAAGAAAAUUAUCUCUUUCUUCAUUGGGGGGAAACUUUUACUCAUGAGCUCAUAUAAGUAUAAGUACAGCAAGUUAAAAAUGAUUAUAUUUGCUUAAUGAGAAAAUUGGCUUUUUUAUGUUUAUAAGAUUAUUGGUUAAUUAUCAAGUGGUUCUUAGAUAUAACACUGAAUCACUUUACUAUUUUAAUGUUACGUUGAUAUUCUUAUAAUUUCAAAUGUUUUUAGGCAAUUGAUUGUUCAGUUGAGACCAAUUCAUUUAUCAAUGGUAUCAAUAAAUUUGUUGAGGUAACACUGAGCACAAAGACAGUUUUUGUUUUUAUUGACGUCUACAAAUUUAUUUUUGCUGACAGAAUCCUGGUUUUGGUCUCAUUCUCAAGCUGAGUAAUUAUACUUUAUUUCUUUACUUUCUUGUGAAGUAGUUUUGUAAAAGUAAUGUAAUUCAACUUCCAUUUGUUCAGUGAGAAAGUGUGAAAGAUUUUCUUUCCAGUGACUUGCAUAUUUGUGCAAUUUGUGUCGAGUCUUAUGUUCAUAAACAGCAGGAAAAUCAGGUAGUAUUUU